UUUUUGAUGAACCCCAAGAAAUCUAUAUAAAGGGCAAAAGCCAUUUGUUUAUAAGUUGUAAGUAACUUGUAAGGAAUUCCAAUUUCCAUGUGGAAAAAAUUUUAGGAGACAAAAUGUUUUUUAUUUUCUUCCUAUUGUUCUUCUCUUCUUGGAUUUCUUCUGCUACAGCUACUGUGACUUAUGAUCACAAAGCUGUUAUCAUCAAUGGACAAAGAAGAAUCCUUAUUUCUGGGUCCAUCCACUAUCCAAGAAGCACUCCUGAGAUGUGGCCAGGUCUUAUACAGAAAGCCAAGGAAGGAGGAUUGGAUGUGAUACAAACAUAUGUAUUUUGGGAUGGACAUGAACCUAAUCAAGGACAAUAUUAUUUUGAGGACAGAUAUGAUAUUGUAAAGUUCAUCAAGUUAGUGCAACAAGCAGGUCUCUAUGUUCAUUUGCGAAUCGGACCUUAUGUUUGUGCUGAAUGGAAUUUUGGGGGAUUCCCUUUGUGGCUAAAAUAUAUUCCUGGAAUUGAAUUUAGAACUGACAAUGGACCUUUCAAGGCGGCAAUGCAAAAGUUCACAACAAAAAUUGUGGAUAUGAUGAAAGCAGAAAAGUUGUUUGAACCUCAAGGAGGUCCGAUUAUUCUGUCUCAGAUAGAAAAUGAAUAUGGACCAAUAGAAUGGGAAAUUGGUGCACCGGGUAAAGCUUAUACAAAAUGGGCAGCUGCCAUGGCAGUGGGUCUUAAUACAGGAGUUCCAUGGAUCAUGUGCAAGCAAGACGAUGCCCCUGAUCCAACCAUUGAUACGUGCAAUGGAUUUUAUUGUGAAGCAUACGUACCAAAUAAGAACUAUAAACCAAAAAUGUGGACAGAAAAUUGGACUGGUUGGUACACAGAAUGGGGUGCUCCAGUUCCUUAUAGACCACCAGAAGAUACCGCCUUUUCAGUUGCAAGAUUCAUAGCAAAUAAGGGUUCUUUUGUAAAUUAUUACAUGUACCAUGGAGGAACUAAUUUUGGGCGAACUGCUGGCCUCUUUAUGGCCACUAGCUACGAUUAUGAUGCCCCUCUUGAUGAAUAUGGACUACCACACGAUCCAAAGUGGGGACAUUUAAGAGAUUUACAUAAAGCCAUCAAGCUAUGUGAACCUGCCUUAAUCUCUGUAGAUCCUGAAGUAAAAUCACUUGGAAAAAAUCAAGAGGCUCAUGUAUACCAAACAAAGACAGCAUGUGCAGCUUUCUUAGCAAACUACGACACACAAUACUCCGUAAAAGUUAAUUUUUGGAAUGUGGAGUACUGGCUACCUCCUUGGUCCAUUAGCGUUCUACCUGAUUGCAAAACCGCAGUUUUUAACACAGCCAGGAUGGGUGCCCAAAGUACACAAAUGUGGAUGAUGCCUGUUAUUAAAGGAUUUUCUUGGGAGUCAUACAAAGAUGUGGUUACAACUGGUUAUGGUGCGGGUACAUUUACACAUGAUGGGUUGUGGGAGCAAAAAUUCCUUACUGCUGAUAAAACAGACUAUCUAUGGUACAUGACAAAUGUGAAUAUUGAUCCUAAUGAAGGGUUUUUGAAGAAUGGACAGAACCCUCUUCUUACAGUUCAAUCAGCUGGACAUGUUUUGCAUGUUUUUAUCAAUGGUCAAUAUGCAGGAACUCAGCAUGGGUCAUUAGAGGAACCUAGGAUCACAUUUAGCCAAAAAGUGAAGUUGAAUGCUGGAACUAAUAAGAUCUCUUUGUUGAGUGCUACUGUGGGUCUAGCGAAUGUUGGUCUCCAUUACGAUACAUGGAAUGCUGGAGUUCUAGGCCCCGUCACAUUGCAGGGUCUAAACAAAGGAACAUUAGACAUGUCCAAGUGGAAAUGGUCUUACAAGAUUGGUUUAGGAGGUGAAGAUUUAAAACUUCCUACAUUUGCAGGGAGUUCUUCAGUUAAAUGGGCACAAGGAUCACAACUGGUUAAAAAACAACCAUUAACAUGGUAUAAGGCUACUUUUGAUGCACCAUCAGGAAAUGACCCAUUAGCCUUAGAUAUGAGUAGCAUGGGAAAAGGUCAGGUCUACAUAAAUGGUCAAAGUAUAGGACGCCACUGGCCUGCAAAUACAGCUCGUGGAAGCUGUAAUGAUUGUGGGUAUGAAGGAACUUAUACUGAUAAAAAAUGCAAAAGUAAAUGCGGAGGGCCUUCUCAACAAUACUACCAUGUUCCUCGCUCAUGGUUGAAGCCAAAAGGAAAUCUGUUAGUUGUUUUGGAAGAAAUAGGUGGCGAUCCAACUGGAAUUUCUAUGGUUAAAAGAAUUGUAGGAGCUGUCUGUGCUGAUAUAUAUGAUGAUCAACCGGCAGUUAAAAACUGGCAGCAGAUAGUUCCAACAAAACCCAAAGCUCAUUUAUGGUGUCCUCCAGGCCAGACAAUGUCUAAGAUAAAUUUAGCUAGCUAUGGUUCGCCUAAGGGAAGAUGUGGAUAUUUCUCACAGGGAAGUUGUCAUGCCCAAAAAUCAUGGGAUCCUUUCCAAAAGGCAUGUAUUGGAAAGCAGUCAUGUGAAGUUGUUGUGGAUCCUCAAAAUUUUGGAGGAGAUCCAUGUCCAGGUAGCCCAAAGAAACUUUCUGUUGAGAUUCAGUGCAGUUGAAGACUUCAAAAUCCAUAGCUGCUAAUCUAACAAAAGAAAUCCAAAAUCACUUCAUGUUCAGUACAUCAAUCAUUUCUGUCUAGGAUUUUCAUACUUUUAGCUUUUUCACUGCCUAAUGUUAAAGCACAGAGACAUUCUCAAUGUUAUUCGGGUAGAGACAAAAACAGUUAAAGUGAUUCUUCAUGUACAAUGAUAUGUAAAAAAUAUUUCUGAACCAACAGAAAAUAAAAUAAUAAUGAUAAUAAGUAUUCUCUCU